GUAUUGUGCCUGACACAUGCUCCGUCUGCUGCCUCUGCGCCGACCCCUGCCUCUUUUGUUAUGCUGAUUAAGGCAACAGGCACUGUCUUUUGUUCGAGUCAGAGGACGCGAGAGAGAAAGAGAACGAGCACGGAGGGAUGGUCACGCUCCCUGUGACCUAUACUCUUCUCUUCUUCAACGUCACAAGGCGCGCGCAACAAAAGCGAGCCAGCAUCGGCUGAGUUUCUCACAUCGCGACGCGAGCGAGCUGAGGUUGACAACUCUUCCGUUCACAUACGCUGGCCCUGGACUCAUGCACGCUCGUUAAUGUAAUUUCUAACUGAAGGGAGUGCAAUGCAUAUUGUAAAAAAGCGAUUCAGCUGGUGGCUUCAGACUCUUAAACUGACUUGAAGGCGGGAUGCACGAAGAAGGACGCAGAGGCAAUAAAUAGAAGCUGGCCGCAGUCGUCAUGAAACUGAUGGGGGGAACGUAAAACGGACUCUGAAGAGAACUUAAAACGUAAGACAAGCACAAACACCGGGGAAAGGAGCUUCGCUGCCUCAAACACUCACUGGUUUCAGAACUUGGACAGCUCCCUCGUUCAGCCGCCUACACACAUCCACCGUGAGAGGAUUCAUCGGAACUACGGCACACAAUCGACUCGGUAUUCACCCCUAAAACAUCGUGACGCCAUGGCAAGUGUGCUUCAGGGAGAGAAGCAGCUUUUUGAGAAGUUCUGGCAGGGCACGUUCAAAGCCGUGGCGAUGCCGAGACCCGAGAGCAUCAUCAUCGCCAGCAUCACCGCGCGGAGAGCCGUGACAAAAUUGGAGACAGCAGUCAGCCUAGCACCUAAAGACGUUGAGGAGAAAGCAAAAACGAAAGAUGCAGUUGCAAAAACUCAUGAGAAAAGUGGACACGUGAAGCGCAGAGGACGUAAACGCCACAGUCACCGUCGAGCUCGCAGGUCUGUAUCUUCUAAAGCUGUGCCUCAUACACACAUCUUCAUCAAAGAUGGCUCUGUGCUUAGGAGUGAACACUUCAAUGUAAAGAAUGCAUUUGCCGUUCUAGAAAAGAACCUAUUUGUCUCUGAAGGUGAAAUAGUUGCUUUCCACUGCUUUUGA